AGACAGCCGAAUAUGCGAAUUUAGGGUUCCAAAUGUUCUCCCGUUCAGGCAUUCCAAAAUACAACAAAUAGUUGCAGAUCGCCUCGAUUCAUUUCAUUCCUUGGAUAAUAAUAAUAUACGGUGCCUACGCAUCGACGUCUGUCUCCUCCUCUUUCAAUUUCACUGGUCAGAAUUCACAGGAUUUAAGGAAGUAGUUUCUUCUGUAAAGCAUCAACAUUGUUGUGAUUACCCUUUUGGUCUUCUACCAUGAAAUAUUUGGAGUACACUCCUCUUGAUAGGUUAAACAAUUUCUUAUGCCAUGUCAAUCUUGGAGAGCGUAUGAUCAAGGGAUGCCUAGAAGCUUACUCAUGUAAACAUACUGGACCUGAUAAGAGGUUGUCUUUCAGUUUGGAGCAUGAGAUCCUUGAUUACAUUGGAAAGUCAUCUGAUACAGACUCUUCUUCACCAGUUGAUAGUUUGUGUAGCCGGUCCAGCCGGAAAACAUUGAUUUACUUGGUCCUCACUCUCUAUCACAUGUAUCCCGAUUAUGACUUCAGUGCAGUGAGAGCCCAUGAGUUUUUCACAGAUGAAAGCUGGGACAGUUUUAAGCAGAUUUUUGAUACCUACAUGUUUGAAGCCUCAAAGGAAUGGAUGGGGACAAAUGAAGGCAAUCCUUUACUUGCUACAUUGUACAAGGCUUUAGAUGAGGUUGUCAAUCUAUCUGAAUGUGAAAUUUACAGCUACAAUCCAGACUCAGAUACUGGCCCUUUUCUGGAAAGAGGAGCUAUAUGGUCUUUCACUUUUUUCUUCUACAACAGGAAGCUCAAACGAAUUGUUACCUUCCGUUUCAGCUGUUUGAGCAAUUUGGGUUUCAUCACAGAUGGAUAUUCUAACGAUGAUGAGGAUGACGAUGAAGAGAUUUUCAAUGAUAUGGACAUAUGAACUUUUGGGAGAGAUGGGUUUUUUUGUACAGUGUAGCUCAAUACAAACAAAGCCCCCGUUCGACUCCAAGCUUCAGUUUGUAGAUCACUGUUUUCCGUUGGUAUAUUUGUAACCUGCAAGCAAACUCGUGAAGUAGUAGGCUGUGAAUUGUUGUUUAGGAUGUGUAUAAAUCUACUAGUAACAUGUAAUUGCAUCUGAAUUCUGUUGUGUAGCAUCCUCAUCUUUGAACUCUUCCUGGCUUAUGGAUUAAAUUGUUCAGACUUCUAUUGUUGUUAAGAAAUAGUAAUUUUCUUUGAAUCA